GCUCAUUGCCAUUGAAGAAGGCUACGCAAGUUCAACAGGUUGCUGUUGUGAUCAAUGUCGAAGUGCCGUUGAUAGUGAGUGUUUGAACUUGUUUGCUUGAGGUAGGCCAAUCAUGGCAAAUCAGCAGUUCCCAUGCUUGUAACAUUGAAAUACAUUGAAGACAGUGUUUCCCCUUCAGUAAUCAUGUUUCCCCAGCUCUUGUCAUUGGCAUGCUCGUAUUGACAGCUUCGUCCCUCCAAAGCCCCAGCAGUCCAAACUGAGAGGCACGCCAGCUGGAAAGCGCAGGACAGCUGGAGGAGGCAUUGCGAGAAUACCAAAGCAGUGCACAGGUCUUUACCUUCGUUUGGAAGUGGGAGGCCAACCAGCGCAUCAAGGAAAUGGUCCGUGAAAGAUUAGAAGAUGUGGUGACCAGAGCUGAAAACCUGAAGAAAAAUAUCAGCAAUGGUGUCAAGGGGCCCACCAGCCCCUCGGGUGGUGGCUAUGCUGGUGCUGCUACUCAAGCGCCACCAGCUUCAGGGACCGCUGAAGAUGCAGAAGAUAAAGAAAAAGAAAAGCUGAAGAAAGGCUUAGAGGGCGCCAUCAUGACCAGCAAGCCCAACAUCAAGUGGGAUGACGUGGCAGGUUUGGAGGGCGCCAAGGGCGCUUUGCAGGAGACUGUGAUACUUCCAACCAGGUUUCCGCAGCUUUUCACUGGAAAGCGAGUUCCCUGGCAUGGAAUUCUUCUUUACGGACCACCUGGAACAGGGAAGUCCUACUUGGCGAAGGCUUGCGCAACAGAGGCUGAUGCCACCUUUUUCAGCAUCUCUUCUUCUGACCUCGUCUCCAAGUGGAUGGGGGAAAGUGAGAAGCUGGUUAGAAGCCUCUUCGAGAUGGCCCGCGAAGCCAAGCCCGCCAUUAUUUUUGUGGACGAGGUCGACUCCCUUUGUGGCGCCCGCGGAGAGUCUGGCGAGUCUGAUGCUGCCCGACGGAUCAAGACCGAAUUCCUGGCGCAGAUGGAUGGUGUUGGCAAAGAUAGCUCUCAGAUAUUGGUCUUGGGGGCAACAAACACUCCCUGGGACCUGGACUCGGCGAUUCGCCGCCGAUUCGAGAAGCGAAUCUACAUCCCUUUGCCGGAGUUGGAAGCGAGAGUGCGGUUGCUUACCUUGCACUUGGGAGACACACCACACAGUUGUUCCGCAGAGGACAUCAGGGCCAUUGCGGCUCGAACUGAGGGCUUCAGUGGUGCUUUGGCAAUUCAGUAGUUUGCCCCCUAUACAGCGGAGGCAAGCUAAAUCACCGCGUACAAGGCACGGCGUUGCUGGACUCGAUCCCUUCCACCAACAGGUUAAACGAUUUAAAAGUGUGGAAACUAUUUGGUACUAUGUUAUUUAAUGGCAACACCGCAUUAAUCAACGGGCCUCCCGCCCCUUCAAGGUCA